UUCUACGAGGCCUGACGUGUGAGCGAUAGCAUCUUCAGAUUUCCCAGCUUUUGUAGGAAGACGUGAAUGCAACAAAAGUUCAGUACGGCGACAUGAGGGAGUUGUGACAUCUUGGCAGAUGGAGGAAAAACAAGACACUAAUUAUACUCCUGACCCAGGAGGGCCAGAACCAAGAGGAAAUGCCUCCCACUGUGACCUAAGUCCUGUGGACAUAGUCAGCCGGCGGAUGAGUGAGGAGGGGAGAUUUGCCUACGCUGCACUAUGUGCCGUCUCACUGGGACACUUGUUUGAUGACAACCAACACAGUGCGUUCAGGGACCGGUUCCUGCAGGACUUGGUCCGCUGGCUGGACCUGGACGAGUCGGUCAUGCCCGUAAUGGGAGCCUUUCUGUCAGGCCUGGGCUUAGAGGGCUCCGAGACCUUCAUGUCCAUCCUGCAGGCCCAACCUCUGUUGGCUGCAGACACCUUCCCCCUCAUACAGGACCUGGUGUCUUUCUCCGUCAAAGAUGGCCAGUAUGACGCCAGAGCCCGGGUGUUAAUCCGUCACGUGGGCUGUCUGCUCCGCGUGUCUUUGCCACAGCUGGAAGAAUUUGAGGAAAGUCUGGGAGAGACGCUGAGGGAAGGAGGAGAGGAAAGCGAAGAGGAGUCCUCCCGACGUCUGAGGUGGGAAAGAGGGCGGAAACUACGACGCUACCUCCUGAUUGGCCUAGCAACAGUUGGGGGAGGGACCGUGAUUGGUGUGACCGGCGGGCUGGCUGCCCCCCUGGUGGCAGCAGGGGCCGGUGCGGUGCUCGGCGCUGGAGGGGCCGCAGCUUUGGGCUCAGCCACUGGUAUCGCCAUCAUGGCCUCCAUGUUUGGAGCAGCCGGGGCAGGACUGACCGGCUAUAAAAUGAAGAGAUGUGUGGGAGCCAUCGAGGAGUUUGAGUUCUUGCCACUGAGCUCAGGAAAGCGUCUUCACCUCACCAUCGCAGUAACAGGCUGGCUGUGCACGGGGAAAUACAGCUCCUUCCAGGCCCCGUGGUGCAGCCUGGGGGAGUGCGGUGAGCAGUACUGCCUGGUGUGGGAGUCGCGUUUCCUCAGGGACCUGGGCUCCGCCAUGACCUCGCUAUUGGACGGGCUGGUGAGCAUGGUGGCUCAGGAGGCCCUCAAGUACACAGUGCUCUCAGGUAUCGUGACGGCGCUGACGUGGCCCGCCUCCUUGCUGGCCGCCGCCAGUGUCAUUGACCACCCCUGGUGUGUUUGCCUGAACCGCUCUGCCCAGGUGGGGAAGCACCUGGCACAGGUUCUGAGGAGCAGACAGCAGGGGAAGCGGCCUGUCAGUCUGAUUGGUUUCAGUCUGGGUGCCAGAGUCAUCUACUACUGUCUCCAGGAGCUGGCCAAUGAUCCAGGCAGCGAAGGCGUCGUGGAGGAUGUGGUCCUGCUGGGGGCCCCCGUGGACGGCUCCGAGAAGGCCUGGGAGAGAAUCACGCGGGUGGUGGCCGGGAAAAUAGUCAACGGGUACUGCAGGGGGGAUUGGCUCCUGGGGUUCUUGUACCGAAGCUCAGCUGCACAGCUGUGUGUUGCCGGGCUACAGCCAAUCAGCACCGGGGGCCGCCGCCUUAUCAAUGUAGACCUUUCCUCCGUGGUCAAAGGUCACCUGGACUAUAUGCGUCAAAUGGAGACCAUCUUGGUGGCAGUCGGCCUUCCCACAAAGGAGGUCCCAGGAGUACGUCCUCAGCCUGCGGCAGUGACAGUGGACCCGCCCCAAGUGGGUGAGGAGACGGGCGACGGCUGGGACAUCCCUGACAUCUCAGAACUCCUGGACUCUCUCCAGAGCGACCAGUCCACAAGUCCGCCCAAAGCCAAGAUCCAGACGGGGCUCCCGUCACAGGAAAGCGCCACCCACCGUGGACCUGCCGCCUUUAACGAGUCGGAUCACGACGCCGUCUCGUGGAGCUGGGAUGACGCACACUGGACCACAGAGCCAAAUAUCUAGCUAGCUGCUAAGCUAACGAGGCUAGCGGAGAAAGGCAGCGCCGGUCUGAAGGAAGCUACUCCCCCGCCACCGUGACCACCACUUCCCGAAGACAGCUGGCACUCCACUCGGCGACGGAAAGUUUCUGUGAGUAUGGCUUCCUGCGCUUCGUGCACUUUACUCAUGGAUAGGUUGGCUUUGCUAGAGAGCCGUGUCGGCCAGUUAGAGCAGUGUAAUUUCGUAACCUUAGAUGUUGCGGACACAUCUGCUAGCGUUAGCUGUAGCGAGCUAACUAGCCCAGCUUGUAGCAGCCCUAAGCGGCCAACAAUCUACGGUGUACCGGUUAAGACGCAUAAUAGAUUUAGCCCUUUAGCUAGUCCUACACCCCAGUCACUUUAGUCAUAGGGGACUCCAUCACCCGAAACAUAAAGCUUAGCAAACCAGCCACAAAUAAGUGUAUUCCCGGGGGCAGAGCACCUGACAUUGAAGCUAAUCUUAGGGAGCUAACUCGCAACAGGUCUAGUAAACACGUACGACAGGCUAACCGCACCACUAGUUAUGCGAAUAUAGUAAUACACGUUGGCUCCAAUGACGUUAGGAUGAGACAAUCAGAGAUUACAAAGAGAAACAUAGCCAGGGCUUGUAGUCUCGCCAGAAAGAUGUCCAGGCAUCGAGUAAUUGUCUCUGGCCACCUGCCUGGGAGAGGCAAUGAUGAGAGAUAUAGCAGAUUAGUCUCCCUUAACAAGUGGCUGGAUAGCUUCUGUAGACAACAGGGAUUUACGUUUAUUGAUAAUUGGCCCUCU